AUGGUUUUAUUCCGACUGCUUGGAACAUCGCAACGUCCAUCAAUCUUUAUUUUGUUGGAAACCAGGAGUGAUGAUUAUCGUGCGCAGGAGGUGAUGAUUCAGUUAAAAUUUAACCAAUUCAAAGUCAUUUCUCCGACAGAUAAGCGAGGUGGAAUUUGGUUGUUUUGGAAGAAUACAAUUGAUUUGAUCUUAUUCUCUGAGGAUGUGAAUCAAUUUCAUGUUCUGUUCCACUUUGAGAAUGUAAGGCCGGAGGUUCUGAUCACUGGCUUACAUGCUCCAAGUGUUCCGGGUCCGAGACACGCCUUAUGGAGGAAUAUGGCGGAUAAUCUGCCACCAUCUGACACUCCCUGGUUAAUGGUGGGUGAUAUGAAUGAGGUUACGUCGCAGUCCGAGAAAAUGGGAGGGCGUCCGUUUCGUAGUGGGCAAUGCAAGGAUUUGAGGAAUUUUAUGGAUGCAGCGGGUUUGGUGGAUUUGGGCUUCCAUGGUAACCCAUACACUUGGACCAAUGCGCGGGAUGGAGCGGGCUUAAUUAAGGAAAGGCUGGAUCGGGCUCUUGCGAAUUCUCCGUGGCUGGAUAUCUUUCCCCAUACUCAGAUUGCAAAAAAACGGUUAUUGGCGCGUAUCAAUGGUAUUCAAUUGGCCUUAUCUAAAUCAUAUAGCCAGUUUUUAGUUAAUUUGGAAAGGGAUUUGAUUAAUCAGCUCAAUACUAUCUUCAGGAGGGAACGUAUAAUUUGGGCUCAAAAGGCCGGUUUAAAUUGGUGGAAAUUCGGGGAUUAUAAUACCAAAUACUUUCAUAUUAUUGCUAAGGUAAGGAAAAGUAGGGGGAAGAUUUUAACUCUUAAGAAUAGUGAUGGUGUUUGGGUUACAGAUGUGGAGGUUCUUAAGGAUCUAGCUGUUUCCUAUUUUGAUAAUCUUUUCCAAACGUCUUUGAUUAAGAGUACAUUGGGGGUUUUUUGUCCUAAUGUUAACAUGUUAACUAAUGAGGACAGGUUGGGCUUGCUUAAUCCGAUUUCUAAGGAUGAGGUUUGGCAUAACUUAAGGUUAAUGGACCCAAUUAAAAGCCCUGGCCCUGAUGGCAUUCAGCCCAUUUUCUUUCAGCGCUAUUGGGCUGAGUUGGGGGAUAGUAUUUUUAAGUUUUGUGCUUCCUGUUUUUUGAAUGCGGCUAUCCCGUCCGAUAUUAAUCGUUCAUUUAUUACUCUUAUACCUAAGGUUGACGCUCCUAAAACUAUGCGAGAUUUUAGGCCUAUCGGGUUAUGUAACACUAUCUAUAAACUCAUUACUAAGAUUAUUACCACUCGAGUCCGACCCAUUUUAGGUAAAAUAAUUAGCCCGUUUCAGUCCAGUUUCGUUCAGGGUCGCGGAAUUGAGGAUAAUAUCAUUCUGGUUAAGGAAAUGGCUCAUGUUUUUCAUAAAAGUAGGAAGGGUAAUAAUAUAAUGGCUCUCAAACUUGAUUUGACUAAGGCUUAUGAUAGUUUGGAAUGGAGCUUCAUUCGGGAUACUUUGGUUAGCUUUGGAUUCCCUUCCCAUUUGAUAAGUCUAAUCAUGUCCUGCAUCACUACACCUCAUAUUAAUGUUCUUUGGAAUGGUGCACUAACUAGGGAGUUUUGUCCUUCUAGGGGUAUCCGUCAGGGGGACCCCUUAUCGUCCUACAUUUUUGUGUUAUGCCUAGAUAGGCUCUCGAUGCUUAUUCAAAAGGAGGUCGAUUUGGGUCAUUGGAAGCCUAUAACUCUGUCUAGGACGGUCAAAAUUUCUCAUGUCUUUUACGCGGAUGAUGUUUUUCUUUUUGGCCAUGCUACGCCUCAAAACAUGGAAAGUAUGCUUGAUGUGCUUAAGGGGUUUGGGGAGAUCUCAGGGUUAAGAAUUAAUAUGCAAAAGUCCAGUUUGAUAUUUCCUACCCACAUGUCCCAUGUUGUUCGGAAUUCGAUUGCAAAUCCCCAUGGUCUGACAGUGACUUCCUCCCUUGGCAAGUAUUUAGGGGUAGAUAUUAGACCAAAUAAGUUGAAAAUUGCUAACUUUGUGGGCUUGUUAGAUAAAACUAUGGAUAGAAUUAAAGGGUGGCAAGCAAAAUUAUUAAACAUGGCGGGGAGGUGUACGCUACUCAAAUCAGUGCUUAAUACUUAUCCUCUUUACAAUAUGCAAACCUCCCUGUUGCCAGCUCGUGUUAUAAAUAGUUUAGAGAAAUCAAGUAGGAAAUUUUUGUGGAAUAAGGUGGAUAGGUCUAGAUUUAUGGUGCGUACAAGUUGGGCUAAUGUGACUAAACCACUUUCGAUGGGAGGAUUGGGAGUACGAAGAUUAAAAGAGUGGAAUUUAGCGUUUAUGGCCAAAUUGGGAUGGAGUGCUAAAUUUCUCGACUGUUUUUCUGGGUCACAUCAAUCCCCGAUGUGGAGAGACAUCCUUAAGGGUCGUUCUUUGCUUCAAAAGGGGCUUAUCGUAGGUAUAGGGAAUGGUCGUUCUACGUCUCUUUGGUAUCAUCAUUGGGUGGGGUCGGGACCUUUAUACAAAUUGAUAGACAGGGACAUCCCGGAGCGUAUAGCACACUUCUUAGUCAGUGAUAUUAUUCGGGAUGGACAAUGGGAUUUCACUAAGGUGUCUCAAUUUAUGCCCCCUGAUAUUUGUGAUAUGAUUAGGUUGGUCCCUUUGGCCACUUGUACCAAUGUGGAGGAUUUUAUUAGAUGGGUUUAUACUAAGAAUGGUGUUUUUUCAGUUAAGUCUGCUUAUUUCCUUCUCCUUCAUAAUCAUGACAGUCCUACUCAGCUUUUGCAACCGUUUAAUUGGAAGUCGAUUUGGAAAAUUAAAGUACCUUUUAAGUAUAAAAUGCUUUUGUGGAACGCUUGCCAUGAGAUUUUUCCGGUAGCUGAGAUGUUGCAUUUGAGACUGGAUUAUAUCUCUCCCAGAUGUUCUCGUUGUGAUUUAGUGGCUGAAAAUCACAUUCACCUAUUUAGAGAUUGUGGGGAUUCUAGUAUUUUGUGGAAUUUCAUUUUUACUCGUCUCCUUCCAAACCACAAGAUUCAAUUGCACUCUUUUUUUAGUUUGAGUUGGAGGGAGUGGUUAUGGUUUAAUUUGAACCAAGGGUCUGCCUGGUCGAUCAUUUUCUGUGUUGCCCUUUGGCAUAUAUGGAAGGCACGUAAUAGGGCUGUUUUUUAUCAUAAAAUGUUUAAGUCUUUCUCGGUCUAUAAUGCGUUUUAUGUGGAUUUAGUGGAUACUAAUAAGGCAUUGCAGGGUAAAGGGAAAGCACAGGUGAGCAAGCGUGAUCUAAUUUGGAAGCCCCUAGCUUAUGAGUUCUUGAAGUUAAACACAGAUGGCAGUUGGAAGGCAAAGAACGAGGCAGGUGGAGGAGGGGUUUUUAGAGGAGCCACAGGCAAAUGGUACAUGGGUUAUGCCAGUAAAUUCAAUGCAAUUACCCCCCUUGCAGCUGAACUUUACGCGGUUAGGGAGGGUCUAAUUAUGGCAGCUGAUUACGGUAUCCAAAAUUUGGAGUUGGAAACGGAUGCACAGCUUUUGGUAAACAUGCUUGAAUCUGCUAGUGAUUCAUAUCAUGAUGAGUUGAGACCAGUUUUGGUGGAUGUGGCAGGAUUAAUGGCGAAGUUCAGUGUAGUAGUGGUUAAGCACAUCCCCAAAGCCAAAAACAAAGUGGCUCAUGCUUUAGCCUGCUAUGCGAUUGAAAUGGCAGUAGGGCAUAAGUUGUUUUUGACUCCUCCACCUUUCGCAGCUAUAGCAUACGAGGGCGACUUGCAGAAAUUGGAAGAUGCAGAGAAGUUACAUUUGUUGAAUGCUACAAGCUCCUCUAGACCUAUUGACUUAGAAGCUUCUCCAGAGGAGGAUGAGGGUGAGUUGGUGUCCACCUCUAUCAUGUUUGGCACAAUUCCAGCGACGAUUAUCACGACGGUUCCAGUUCGAGGUGGCAAUGUGAAUGUGGAGCAUAAGGAGAUGCAGUUGGGUGAGGGUGCACCAGGAGCAGGCGACAGUUGA